AUGGAUUAUCCAAUCGUUUUCAAGGUGAAUUACGCAGUAGAUAAGAGGCUGAUAUGCGAAGCAAUUCAGGGGAAGGCCAGAAUCAACCAGAUUUCGGAAAUAUUCAAAAGACUUGAGGAAGAAGGGACUGCACUGAUUGAUGCCCACGGCAGCCCUAGUGCAAGUGAAAAGAGCAUGCACUAUUUUUACAACACAGCGGCUUCGGCACUCCAAAGCAAUGCUAACCUGCUUUGGGAGAGUUCGCUGGCCACCUCUGGGCAAAUUGGGUCCCACGAAAGGAUUGAGCAGGCUAUCUUUAGCAGGGCAAACCGAUUUUACCCCUCCCUUGGGCACUGGAAGCUAGUGUAUCGUGUAGUAUCGGCCAUAGGAAUUAACGAGAUUCGCAAAACGCAAAGACUCGCAUGCUGUGUUGACCACCCAAAAAGACCAACCAAUAUGACGCGCAAUGAUAUAGAUUAUGGUCAGGUCGGACAAGGAAACAUGUUGCCAUCAACCCUGGGAAAUGGCAUGCAAAUGAACAAUCUUGGCUUUGGGAAAGUAUCAGAGGACGGAAAUAUGGCAGCCAGAAAUGGGGGAAGCACCACGCUAGAGCCAUAUGGGCUCAGGGCCUGGACUACAGAGAUCCAGCCCAAUCCAUCGACGGCUGCUACGUCCAAGUCGAUAAAUGAAAGUUAUUAUUCGCUGCCCUACACUCUCCAUUCGGAUAAAGUACCAGCUUGGAGCAUACACGGGAUCCAAAUGCCAGCACAUUACUUUAUGGGCCCUGAGUUUGGAACGCCAAAUGGGCUCUUGGAAAUCACCGCUGUGGACGAUCGUUUCGAUGACCAGAAUUUAGUAGAGGGGCUGUCUACUUUUUCAGGGCUUGAUCACGAUUUAGUUUUGUUCCCGAGCGAGCUUUCCCAUGGCCAAAAGGUCACGGUCGGGAGUGGUAGAAGGUUUAACCUGCUUCCAGAUCACCCAGUCACUUACACUCGACACAAAACAUUGUUACUCGCCCUCUAUCCGAUUCGCUCCUAUGGACCACGUCCUAAUCGUGCUGCCUCUCCAUUCUUAACACAAACUCAUUCCAGUAGAUCUCGUCUUCCAUCUCCUUUAAUGAGGCAAAAACGCAGUAUUCCUUCGACCAAUUCCGCACGACAACAUGCAGGGAGAAUCCCAGUACACUUUCUACAUAACAACGUUCUACUACCUUCGAAUUUUGAGGCGAACGUCCGUUUCAGAAAUGCUGAUCCACUAGCAUCUCAAGGUCUGUUCAGAACCCUACAGAGUGAUACCGAGUCUCACCAUCAUUGCUUUGACCACUAUUCCGAGUUUCCUGGCCCACCGGACCUACUAGGACCGCUGAAGGAAGAACGAGAACUUCCACCUCCGGAGGAUAUGAUGCCAAAUGAUCCGAGUAUGACCCCACAUGAACAAGAGCUUCGAUUCGAGAACGACUUAUAUACACCAAAGUGGGUUCGAGGGCACGGGAAUAAGCGUGAGGGUUGGUGUGGGAUUUGCAAACCCGGCCGUUGGCUUGUGCUCAAGAACUCUGCCUUUUGGUAUGACAAAAGUUUUUCGCACGGAAUCAGUGCGCCAACAGGCAAAGCGUUUGCGACCCCAAAAGAAAUGAGGCGAACAGACGGAAAUACAAAUAUAUGGGAAGGUCUCUGUGGGAACUGUGACGAGUGGAUAGCUUUGGUCAGCAGCAAAAAGAAGGGUACCACCUGGUUCAGACAUGCAUACAAGGCACGUGCUGGAUUCUAA